AUGGGAUUUUUUGAUGAUGCGGAUGAUGGGGAUUUCUUCUCUAAGCCCAGCAAGGGUGGUGGUAGCGGAAGCGCGGCGCCAAGUAAGCCUAAGUCCGCGGCCCCUCAGGCUUCCAAACUCUUAAGCAAGUCGCUGCUAGACGAUGACGACGACGACGAUGAUUUCUUCAAGGAUUUUAAUGUAGAUGACGACUUGGAUGCGCCAUCUGCGCCGAAGCCGUCGACGGCUGCUGCUGCGGCACCUGUUGUGGCUAGCAAGGCCGCGCCAGCCCCUAAUGUUGACGGCGCGGAUGACGAUCUUAACCUAGGCGGCGACGAUUUCGAUAUCUUGAUGGCGGAUGGGGACGCAGUGUUGCCCGAGGAGACCGCAGCUGUCGGAGGCGGCCCCGAGCAGCAGUUGCAGCAUCAGCUACCACCACCGCCGCCACCACCGCAGCCGCAGCAGCAGCCAGCGCAGCCAGCGCAGCCAGCGCAGCCAGCGCAGCAGCAGCCACAACAGCAGCAGCCAGCGCAGCAGCAGCAGCCACAGCAGCAGCAGUUGGAGGUAACACACCAGCAACCACAGCUAACUCUGCAGCCCAAUCAACUUCGACAACCAGAUCCAGUUCCACAGGCACACGCACUUCCGCAACACGACCCAGCUCCGGAGCUCGACCCAGUUCCACAGCCCGAAACAGCAACACAAGCAGUCAGACGUUCACCACAACAGCAGAUGCAUGUGCAGGAGCAGCCCCCGCAGCACAGCGGAAGCAUUGCGCAGGCUGAACCCCAGCCCGCGGAGCAUGUCACGAUGGAGAUGAUGGGGAGCGGAGCGGAAGCGACUGCGGCUGCUGUAGCCCCAGCGGAUGUGAUGGGCGCUGCCGUGGCGUCGGGUGAGGGCGGCAGUACGGGCGAUGCGGACCUCGCCGAUGCCGGCUGCCGGGGGGAGCAACGGGGGGAUGGCGGGAUGGGGCCAGCAAUAAUUGGGAAUGCAGAGGUCAGCCCGAGGAUUGACAUUGGACAACAAGCUGCGGACAUCCCUCUUACUACCGAGGUCACCACGAGAUCCAUAGAGGUGGAGCAAGCAGCAAGGAGCGACCAAGCCGUAGUCCAGGGGCGGACGCUACUUGCCGGUGCGGCCGAGGAUGGCAAUUCCAACGCUUUGCUGCUACGGAUCCUUGCCGCGGACGUCCCGCCCGAGCCGGUGGCCGCGGCUGCUCCUAUCACCGCGGUCAACAACGAGUGUGCCCCCACCGGCGCAGACGCGCAGCUGGAACACGCUCCGGCAGAAGUGACAGCACGCGCGCCUGUAAUCCCGGCAGGCGGGAGCGCACCCGCUGCUGCGGAGGCGCAGCCGCCGCCACCGGCACCGUCGCAGCAGCCGUCCACAAGGUGGCCAUUGCAGCAACGGCCUGCACUGACGGCGAGGCCGCCACCGCCCCAGCCGCAGCCGCUACAACCACAGCCGCAGCUGCCACCAUCGCAGCAGCAGCCCAACCUUCAGCUGGCGCAAGCCCCGCCGACACAGGCUCCUCCCGCUCCACUUAUAUCUUUGCCGUCGCGUCCUCAACAAGCCGGCUUGGGAUUUGGCGGCCGCGUUGCAAGUCCGCAGCCCCUUUCCGUGCCGUCUGCGCUCCCGGCCCAAGCUCACCCGAUGCAAAACAGCACCGGCGGCGCAGUCGGAGCCGGUGCCAAUAUUGCCGGAGCAUCUCCGGCAGCCAACCCGCUCUGGCCCCUGCAAUCGUCUGCCCUGAGCCAGCGUCGACUGGCGGGCCCCGGCCUUAUCGGAGCCCCGCGCGCACCGGCCGCUGUUGCGCAACUUCCACUUAACGCGCCGCAGACACUGCAAUUGUUACAACAACCGCCGCACCAGGUGCAGCAACAGCCGCAGCCGACGCAAAACCCGCGCUUGAUGCCGCAGCCGCAGCAGCAGAGUCUCAGCUCCGCAUCGGGUCCCAACACCGGCCCACGAUCGUGCGGGCUCCUGGCCACCCCGCAGCAGCAGCAAUCCACAGGUUCAGGCCUGCUAUCAGCCAGCCGGCCGGCCUUAAACCUUUCAGCACCCAGGCAGCCGGCACCGAUCGCGCCAGCAGUAUCGGCCCAACGGCCACACCCCGAAAUUGCUCAACCCCCAGCGCCGGCGCCGGUGCCGCAAGCUGCGACAGGCGCCUCACUGCAGCAACAACAGCCGUCACUGCUGCCGCUGCCACCGCCGCCGCGGCAGAAUCCGCAACGACCGGCUCAGCCCCAGUUACAUGAGCCAGCCGGCGCGGCCGCUGUUCCCAGUCGUCUACCAGUGGCUUCGACAGCUGCUUCGACAGCUGCUGCUCCAGCCAAGGUGCUGCAGCCGCCCUCGGCCCGCCCAGCACUGGUCCUGGGGCUCCGGCCCUCCGCCAGCCCGGCGGCAGCAGCCGAAGCUGCUCCUGCCACACUAGCGGAUGGCACUGGAACGGGCAAAUCUGUUACACAGGUAGUGGGCAGCACCGCUACCAGCGUAGUGUCCCCCCACGCCCUCCGCACAACGGCACCCACCGGCGCGGGGCCUACCACUCCGUUGUUGACAACGCCGGCGGCUGCGAUCGGUGGCGCGCCCACGCCGGUGCACACAAUGCCGCUUUCUCCACUGAGUCCCACUGCGCCUAACGUGACGGCUGCUAUCAUGGCAGCUGCACCGGGAGCCGUCCCUGCCUCUGCGCCUCCACCAACGGUGGCGGCGGUGCAGGGCCUGCCGCUGGGAACUGGCGGUGCAGCUAUGGGAGCAGCUCCAGGGCCAGCUCCGGACACACGCCCGGCCUGGCAAGCCUCCGUCUCCGGCCCUGACAUAUCCCUGUCGCUUCCGCCUCCGUUAACGCUGCCCGGACCGGCCGCGCCCGCCGCUUCCGCUCUGAGGGGGGACGCAACUGCUCGCGUCAGCCUUGCAGCUGUCCUGGCAGACCCGAUUAAGGCGCUUGAGAUGCUACAGUACCUGUUGGGGCCUCUCCUGGCCCGCAGUGUGUACAUGCGGGCAGCACCGAUGAUUUUGGAGGCUCAGGUAAUGCGCGACCAGGCCUUAGACCUGCGAGUUCAGACUGCGGUGCUGUCCAACCGGAUGGUCAGGCUGGACAACCCCAUGCUGCGGGACCGCAUUGCGAGAGUCAAAGCAGAGGCAACGGCGGCGCUGCAGGGCAACGAGGAGCUCCUUGCGGAGCUGCUGCAGCAGGGAGCGGCGGCAGCGCCAGGCACUGCUGCGGCACCCAUAGCGGGCGCUGGCAGCGGGGCUGAGGCGGGGAACAUUCCACCGCAGCACGUCGAGCUAGCGUGA